AUGCAUUUUUAUCAUUUCAGAAUUCGAUUUGCAGUGUUGGAGUCAACGCAGAACAUUCCUGGUCUCAUUAUGCCCGAGGAUGUCGCGAAAUGUCUGCAGCGUUGGCGAUUUGUUUCGGAAUUGAUGCAGCAGCAGGACGGUGAGGGGGCUGAUGCACUGGACGAUCGUCUCGAAAGCUCUGGGAGAUCAUACGAAAAGGAUACGGUACCGAUGGGUAUCAAGCCAGACAUCUUCCAAAGAGGAUACGGUACUAACACGAUUGUCAGCCAGGUACAUCUUCUCAGGGGGCAUAUGGUACUGGUGCGGAAGAUAUCCUCGGAUGUGGAAGCCGAGAAUCUAAAGAAUUUGAUGCGCGCUGUUUGUCGAAGGAUGCCGAAAUGUGAAUUUCACGCUCAUCUGAGCGGCUGCAUAAGCAGGAGAAUGCUGAAAAUACUGGGAAGCAGGCGACGAGCAUCAGAAUUCAUUGUGGACAACGAGUCUGCAUUAUCAACGCCGAGCAGAUCGCCUCGAAAUCUGGAAGAGGCAUUUCGACUGUUUCCGCUGAUACAAGCAAUGGUGGUUACUGUGGACGUUAUUCGAGAAUUCAAUGAGGAUAAUGUAGUUUAUCUAGAACUACGAUCGACACCACGGCAAACUGACUGCAUGUCAAAGGAGGAAUAUGUCAGGGCGCUUAUUUCUGGAGUGAUUCACGCCAAGCAACUCUAUCCGCACAUCUGCGUGCGUAUUUUACUGAGCAUUGAUCGACGACAAACAGUUGAGCAGGCCGAAGAAACUGUAAAUUUGGCAAUGAAAUAUGGGCUGAAAGAUGGGAAAGCGGAGUCCGAUGCAAUUAUUAUUGGCGUAGAGAUUAGCGGCGAUCCGAGACAUGACGCACGUAAAUUUUUACCGCUAUUGGAGAAAGCUCGAGGACACUUGCCAGUUAUUUCUUUUCAUUUAGCGGAGAUAAAAGAAAAUUUGGAUGAAGUUCACGACUGCUUACGAUUUGGGCCCACACGACUGGGCCAUGCAACUUUUCUGCAUGAAAUCCAGGAUGAUGUGCUGCGAGAAAUCUGUUUGCGUCAUGUAUACAACAAUAGAAUCCCCAUAGAUGUGUUAUUCGUCAGUUCUUUCUAG